AGAACCUUCAAGUUACAAAUCACAGCCCACACAAUCAUCUCAUUUACAUGGCACUCUUCUCUCCACAACCACAACUCCACCACCACCGCCCACCCCACAAUGCACGCACUCUACUUCAAACCCCCCACAACUUCUCCGUCUUGCUUUUUAGCCCCUUCUUGCAACUCUUUUCUCUACUCCUUUAAGCCCCACAAGCGCUUCCAUUUCCUCAAGCCAUGCUCCUCCCUGAAACAGACCAAGAAGCAGCAGACCCUUCAGAAGAGGAAUGCCCCUCAAAGUUUGAAGUGGCUCUUGAGUCCCAAGAGUGGUGGUGGUGAUGAUGACGAAGAUAAGGGUAAAGGAGAGGGCUUGGAGAGUGAUGCUGCUUUAAAAGGUACCCUUUUGGCGGGAGUUUUACUUGUGGGUGUUGUUGGUGGAUUUGGGACCGUUGGGUUCAUUUAUAAGGACCAGAUCAAUGCGUUUUUGAACCAGUUUUCUGGGUUUAUUGAAGGUUAUGGCCCUGCUGGAUAUGCUUUGUUUGUGGCAGUGUAUGCAGGUUUGGAGAUCCUUGCCAUUCCUGCCAUUCCAUUGACCAUGUCAGCUGGACUUCUAUUUGGUUCUGUUAUUGGCACCAUCAUAGUAUCCAUCAGUGGAACGGUGGCAGCAAGUGUUGCUUUUUUAAUUGCCCGAUAUUUUGCCCGUGAGCGAAUUCUUAAGCUAGUUGAAGGAAAUAAAAAAUUUCUUGCAAUUGACAAAGCAAUUGGAGAAAACGGCUUCAAGGUUGUCACUCUUCUUCGUUUGAGUCCUUUGCUUCCAUUUUCCCUGGGAAAUUAUUUAUAUGGAUUGACAUCUGUAAAGUUCGUUCCGUAUGUUCUGGGAAGCUGGCUGGGGAUGCUUCCAGGAACAUGGGCUUAUGUGAGUGCUGGAGCAUUUGGGCGAGCAAUUAUUCAAGAAGAGUCUGAAAUUGCCAUCGGUGGUGGAGGAAAUGGUCAGCUAUUGACUCUCGGCCUGGGACUGUUGUUCACAGCCUUGGCUGCAGCUUAUGUGACGCGGCUUGCCAAGGAUGCUGUAAAAGAUAUUGAGUAAACAAGGAAGCAUUGGUCUGCCCAAUUAAGUUGGGCAACAAGAUAGUUGAAAUUGUAAAACAUAGAGUUGUAAAUUUAACUGUAUAAUUGAGAACCCAAACCCACCUCUAACUUCUCUUUUGUAGUUUUUUUUAUCUGUUUUUCUCCAUAAAUUUUAUGUUUUCAUAUGCUACAUAAAUGAAGAAGCCUCAGUGCCUCUCUUUUAUGGGAUUUUCA